AUGACUCUCCGCAUCACCGUCCUCCCCGCCUCAAGCAAGGCCGGAAAAGAGACUAUCCGCAACUUGCUCGAAUCGGAUGCCAAGCCCUUGAUUCACGGUAUCUACCGCGACCUUUCCAAGGUUCCUGCUGAGUUUGCAAACCAUGAACGGUUUGAGGCUACUCAGGGCGACGUGGGGGCUGGAACAGGGCUCGACUUUUCUCGCUCUGAUGCCCUCUUUUACGUUCCACCUCCGACCUACGAUGAAACCGAUCAGGGAGAGUGGGGCGUCAAAACCGCUACUAAUGUCAAGGAGGCCCUUGGGAAAGCCCCUAAUGUUAAGAAACUGCUCCUGUUCUCUUCCAUGGGUGCUCAGUACGACCAUGGUAUCGGUCUCUUGCGUUUGAACCACAUUUCGGACAAAAUCCUCAAAGACUCGGUGCCCGAGGCCGUCAUUGUCAAGCCGGGAUACUUCCAAGAAAACUGGUCUCAUGCCUUUGAGACGAUUCAAGCGGAGCCACCUGUCAUCUACUCCACGAUCACGCCUCUGGACCACAAGAUUCCUAUGGUGAGCAUCAGAGAUAUCGGCCGAGCUUGCGCGGACGCUCUGCUCGCCGCGCCCAAGGACGUCAGCCCAUACUACUUCGACCUCUACGGCCCCAGACACUAUAGCGCACUCGACGUCAAGGAAGCAGUCGAACAAAUCACCGGCAAGAAGGUUGAGCUUGUGCCCAUUGAGAAAGAUAACAUUGCGGAAUUCUAUGCUCGGGAGAUUCCAAGCGCUCAAAUCCAGGACUUUGUGGAGAUGACUACUUCUGCCCUCCCCGGUGGCAUCAUGGCGGGAGAUUUCGGCACCAAUGAGAGGACUGUUCAAGGAAAGGUUGAGCUAGUCGAGGCGUUGAGGCCUUUGUAUACUCAGUAG